GUUAGUCCCAGUCCCAGAACCUGGAAAGCCAACCUGAAGGCCUGUCGCUUUGUGUCUGUCAUUUGUGCUUUUCUUCCAUCUCAAACAAAGGUGGUUCCUUAGCCAGAUUUUGUUUGUUGUAUUUGUGUUCCAGUGGACGGGUUCUCCAUGUGGAUUUGUUUGUUGCAGCACACUGUUUUUCUCUGCUUUUUGUGCACUGUCGGCUGCCUUAUUAUACCCUUCGUCAGGGACUUACCAACAAGUGUACAAUCUGGAGUUUACCACCACCUUCUGAUCACUCUGUCAAUUUAGCUUCAUUGUGUUAAAGAAGAAGAAAGCUAAAUAAACAGAUUGUGCCAUCAUGGCUUCUUUUAAGCUGGAUUUUCUCCCCGAGAUGAUGGUGGACCAUUGCUCUUUGAAUUCUAGUACUGUUGGGAAGAAGAUGAAUGGGUCUCUGGACCACCCCGACCAACCAGACGUUGAUGCCAUUAAGAUGUUUGUGGGACAGAUUCCACGGACCUGGUCCGAGGAGCAGCUUCGUGAGCUAUUUGAGCCUUAUGGACCAGUCUAUGAGAUUAAUGUUCUCCGAGACCGCAGCCAGAAUCCACCACAGAGCAAAGGCUGCUGUUUUAUAACGUACUACACUCGCAAAUCAGCCUUGGAAGCACAGAAUGCUCUGCACAACAUGAAGAUUCUGCCAGGGAUGCACCACCCAAUCCAGAUGAAGCCAGCUGACAGUGAGAAAAACAAUGAAGUUCCGUUUUUCUCAUCCACUCUGGAAUCAGUGGAGGACAGGAAACUGUUUAUUGGAAUGAUCUCCAAGAAGUGUAACGAGAACGACAUCCGACUGAUGUUCUCACCAUAUGGACAGAUAGAGGAGUGCCGGAUACUUCGAGGCCCUGAUGGACUCAGUCGUGGUUGUGCAUUUGUAACAUUCACAGCUAGACAAAUGGCCCAUUCAGCCAUUAAGUCCAUGCACCAGUCCCAGACCAUGGAGGGCUGUUCAUCACCCAUCGUUGUGAAGUUUGCAGACACUCAGAAGGACAAGGAGCAGAAGCGUAUGGCCCAGCAGCUGCAGCAGCAGAUGCAGCAACUCAGUGCUGCUUCCAUGUGGGGAAAUCUCACUGGGCUCAACAGCCUGGGGCCACAGUAUCUAGCACUCUAUUUACAGUUGCUCCAGCAGUCAGCCUCCACGGGGAAUGCACUCAACAACCUGCACCCUGUUUCAGGUCUUAAUGCCAUGCAGAACCUGGCUGCUUUAGCAGCAGCAGCAACUGCCACACAGGCCACACCCACAGGCUCCAGCUCCAUGACAACAUCUAGUAGCCCACUAAGUGCACUAACAAGCUCAGUAAACAUUCCCCAAGCAGGCUCCUCCCCCAACUCCAGCAGCAACUCAUCAGUGAACCACAUGGCUUCUUUGGGAGCCCUGCAGUCUCUGGCUGCUGGUGCUGGAGCUGGCCUCAACAUGGGCUCCCUGGCAGGCAUGGCAGCGCUGAAUGGCAGCCUUGGCUCUGGAGGCCUAUCUAAUGGCUCAGGAAACACCAUGGAGGCACUGAGCCAGGCCUACUCAGGCAUCCAGCAGUAUGCUGCUGCUGCGCUCCCCAGCCUGUACAACCAGAGUCUGCUGUCCCAGCAGAGUGUAUCAGCCGCAGGCAGCCAAAAGGAAGGUCCAGAAGGUGCCAACUUGUUCAUUUACCACCUGCCCCAGGAGUUUGGAGACCAGGACCUGCUCCAGAUGUUUAUGCCCUUUGGAAAUGUCAUCUCUGCUAAAGUCUUCAUUGACAAACAGACAAACCUCAGCAAGUGUUUUGGCUUUGUGAGCUACGACAACCCUGUGUCAUCACAGGCAGCCAUCCAGUCAAUGAAUGGCUUCCAGAUCGGUAUGAAGAGGCUGAAGGUGCAGCUGAAGCGCUCAAAGAAUGACAGCAAGCCCUACUGAAGGUGUUGAGGCACUGCAGAUCUAGUUAGGCAGGGUAGUGUUAUGGUAAGUGGAGUAUGAAUAACCAACUAAGACCGGUCCACUCAGAAACUUGUCUGUGCAUUACAGGGUGUCUGCUACACUGCCUCUCCUGGUCAUUAUAAUGUGUCCUGGCAAAGAGACACAAGAAGCUACAUCCAAGAGUUUUCAGGCUAGACUGGAUUCUUCAUGUGUUAUGUUGUGGUUUAUGCACUUUGUUUUCCUUUUAACAAAUAAGAGAAACGGGUGUAUUUUCAUUUAAGUUGAAAUGUUAUCAGUUUGCUGUGGUACAUAAUAUACAUAUGAGUUGAUUGUUAGGAUGUGUUGCACACAUUGACAGUCAGGUGCCAAAUCCAUCUGUUUUUACUUCCUGUUUGCCUUCCCCUGCACUACCCAGACCCAGCAUGAAGCUCCUGAAAGGAGGCAGCUGCUGGAAAAGACAGAGCUACAUUUGGUUAAAAAAUCAUUACUAGGUUUUAUUUUACAUUUUCACAAACCAAAAUGUGUGGUUUCCCCUACUUAUGUAUUAGGUAUCUGUAUUAUCUCUUGAAAUGGAGACAAUGUAUGUGAUAUAGACCUAAAUUAGUUGUAAGGUUCAAUGUAAGGUAAGGCACAGAAGCUUAGAUUGUUCACAAGAAGGAGCUCCACCAAAACAUACAGAUGGCAUUUAGACAUACAUAUGGAACAAAUUAAAGGAAAAACCUGAAUAAAAGAGUGGAGAAACAUAUCAAAUGCAGAUGCUUCUGUGCACCGGGGCUCACUGAAUGGUUUGGUGAGUAUGAAAAUGAUGUGAAUAAAAUGCUGCAGCCUUUGCAGUCACCAGAUCUCAACCCAAUUGAAUACCUAUAGAAGAUUUUGAUCUCCACCACCAUGUCCAUAAGUCCAAAUGAUAUAAUAUAAACUUUCAUCUUUAAAUCUAUUUAGUGAUGUCUGUGACUGUCUCUAUAUGUCCUUUUGUUAUGUCUGCCUAUGUUUGUUUUUCUUUCUCUCUGCUGUACUCAGGUCUCCCUUGCAAUAGAUCUUGAUCUCAAUGAGAUUACCUGAUUAAAUAAAGGUGGUAUAUAUAAAUGAGGGAAUAUCAUGUGGAGGAAUGGUGUUCAUCCCUCCAAUAGAGUUCCACAGACUUGGCAAGAAGCACUGAAGCUGUUCUGGAGACUCAUGGUGGCCUGUCUCCAUAGUAAGACGCUUCAUGUGGGUUUUUCCUUUAAUUUGUCACCCGUGUGUUGUGAGGGCAUAGUCGAAAUCAUUGACUGUUGUGACAGUUAAGCAGCCUGUUGAUGCUGUGAACAUCUUGUUCCUGUUCUCUGGUGUUUAAACUCUGAGCUAAAGUCAUUGUAGUCAGGUUUAACCUCCAACCCACAACCUCCCAUAACCUUCCUGUUGAUAGAGGGAGAGAGGACCUGUUGCUGAGAUGGUUGUCUCUGUUACUGCUACCUGUUUCUGAGUAACAUCUGAAGAUUACAGAUUGUUGAUUGUUUAUAUCUGGGUGUAGCAUGGCUUACACUUAUCAAGCGGCCUUGGGUGAAUGUCUACACUUUUGCGUCUGUAUGACAUGGAUAUUUUACUUCUGUCAAGCAGUGUACUCAUUGCAUUUAUUGUAUUUUUCGUUAUCUGGAGGUUAGUUAGACACGUUUCUAAGGCAGAUGAAAUUUGAUGUAAGAAUAGACUUUUCCAGAGUACUAAACACAGAAUGUUUUGGUGGUGCUCCUUCUGUGCUUCUGCACUCUGAGUGACAGGUCAGAGGUCAGGCUGAAAUGGCUGUUAAGCCCAACUGUCAGCUGUAGCUAGCAAUACUGUGAAAUUUGGCAAUAAAAACCAAACAUCAUAGGCUUGUUGCACUUAUCUUAAUAUCCAAAAGUCUGUCUGAUGCAGAAGUAGUGCUUUGUAUAAAUACAUUUUAUGGAUUUAGUUAGUUUCUAUCUUGAAUCUAGGUGUUUUGUAAAAAUUCAGUAACAUCCCUCUGCUAAUGUCCUGCUAGCUAGCUAGCCACUAGCCAAUCUAUAGAGGGCUACACCACUUUGUCUCUCACUGAAUAUCUUCUGUGAUUGGCAAAUUAGUGUCAAAUUGCUCAUGACAAACCUGUUAGUUGCUUACUUGCAAGAAAACAUGUUUUUUUAAUAGAACUAGGAAGCAAGACAAUUGUUGAGAUGUAUAUUUAAACUAUUAUGCCUUUUCUAUUUUUAUAUAGGUUUUAUACUUCUCCUGUGUGUUGGGGAACUAUUUAUUGCCUAAAUUAUUCAUCUGAAUUGAAGUCCAACAACUCCUGGUGUGUGUCCUCUCUUUGCCUGUUAAACGUUUUUUCCUUUUGUGUGUGUACUACGUGUCAGUGUGGCAUGUGUGUAGGAUCCAUCAGUGCUGCUACAGACUUCAUAGAAUCCCCUCUCUGUCGUACAUGCCUUUAUCUGAAUAAAUCACUCAUCUUCCAAAAACAUAGGGAGCAUAGUUUAUUCUAAAAGUAAAUUUCAAUAUGUGCCUGUUGGUCCUGUCUUUCCACAUGAAUAAAUAGUCAUCUUAUGUGUUGUCAACAACUUUACACCAGGCAAAGUCCUGGGUGUAUUUUUAGUAGUAGAACUAGUUUUAAAACUGAAUCCAGGUCCAAGUCCAAAUAUUGAGUCAGAGCAAAACAGUCUAGACAGUCAGAGUAAAACUAUGUGUAAUGUGAGUAUGACCAGGGUGCUCAGAGAAUCUCUUACUGCUACAGAGUCAUUCAUGUCAAAGCAGUCAAAGGUCACUGUGUUUUGUGUAAUAUUGUCCCAUUUACCUAAUGUUAUAUCAGUGCUGGAAAUUUCUUGGUAUAUUGUAUACCAAAGCAUUAUUGCUGUUGCACAAAAAUCGUGAUUAUGCAUCAGGAACUUGGUAGUCAUAGCUGAUCCAGCUGUGUUGUGAUUUAAGAUUAUGUGUGUUAAGUGUUGUUUAAUAGUGGUAAGGUCAUGGGUCCCUUGCAAAUCAAUCAUCAAAUGAGCUGGACUACUGGAAAAACUCCUGCAGGAUGUGAAUAAUGGCAGCAGCAGCUUCCUGGUGGUACAUUUGUAAGUUAAUGAGGAUCACAUAAAUUCACUUUUCAGUUUUUGUUCAUUGGACAUUUGGCCUGUGACAGAUCCUGUUACUUCUUUGUCCGCUGGACCUUGUUUAAUUUUAACCGUGGCACACUGGCUAGACGUCUUGAAUAGACAUAGACAUAUUUUAAAGGCCUAAGUAAAAAAAAAUUAAAUGAAAAAACCAAAACCAAAAAUGCAUGUCCGUCUCUCAAUACUUCCCUGACUUCCCUAUUUCUGUCUGUGGCUCCCAGCCCCAAGCCCAUGGUUCCUACUAUGUAAAUCUUUCAAAACAGCUCUUAAAUAUAUUUUUCAUUUUAAAAAAGGCUCUGUAAUUUCCUGAAACUGCUGGUCACUGUUUUUAGCAAACGUUACUCAAACGGGAGGAAAUAGUCAAUUUCUUGUGGACUACAUGUCACGUAGUGCAACACUGUGCCUCAUUAUGUUUUUAAUAGUUUUUGAAAACAAUGGAGCUCUAUGGCACUGAAGAAUAAGACACACACACACACACACAAUACUGGCCAUCCUGCAGGAUGUGGCAUGAAAAUCAUUGUUAGAAUGAUCUGGUCAUUGUUUAUUUGGCUCUGUACAUGGUAUUUGCUGACUAUAUAGAGAAUAUCACCAGAAAGCAGGAGGCAUAUGAAUUGUCAGAUGGAAUAUGAUAAGAACAUUCAUGUGUAAAUGGAAAGACAAAAGUAACAUCUCUUAACUACAAAUCAUAUAUACUUUACAUUUUUAUCAACCAUUUUCAAAUACAUGCUGUAUAGCUUCAGAUGUAUUUUUUCUUUUGUUACAGGCAGCAAUUGAUUUCCAUUCAUGUCUUUAUGGCAUUGAAAAUCAAAUGGCAAACUAUAGAAGCUUGCACAAAUGGUCUAAUCCAGCAGAGUGAACAUCAAGUCUGCAUUAGUCUUUGUCAAAGUUGCAACAAUAAUGUAACUGACAAAAAUCUAUCAAUUGAUGUUUGCAGUGAUUGGCCUGCACAACUCACACAAAGAGUCUGCUAAUAUAUUUUUAUCUAUCAUAAAGAAUUAAUAGAAACUAGUCACUGCCUCGAAUGGUUGAAACAUUACAUCCAGAAAAUAAAACACAGCAACAUGAUUUGCACAAUGGUUAGCUGUGAUUUUAAAAAUUGUAUAACAUGCAAAACUACUGGUAUGGUACUUUAAAUACCUUUUUUUGAAAAUAAUUUUCCAAAUCCUUUUACAAAUUCAGUUAUUUGAAGUAGCAUGUAGUGUGGAACAUUUGACUUGUUUUACUUAUAGUUUUAUAUUUGCAUAAUUUAAAUGCCUGUUAACCAUUGAUAAUAAUUGAUUAUAAAAGAUCAGUAUAAAAAAAGUAAUUAUUUCAGUGGCCCUCUCCAGCCUCCAUAUGUGAUUAGCUGUGUUUUGAUAACAUGCUGGACUGUAGCUGCUGUUCCAGAACUCUGGAGGCCUGGUUUGACCUGCAUGUUGUCAUUGACUCUGCGCUGGCAUUUUAUUUAGGCUGACGUGUGUGUAUGUGUGUGUGUGUUGCUUUUGUUGUCAUCCACCUCAGUUCCUGGUAGCAUGUGGCUUGUCCUCACUCUGUCCCUGACACUGACUGUUGAGUGUUUAGACUGUAAUCAACCCCACACAGAGAGGAUCAUUCUUGGUUUCUUUUCUCUCUCCUGUCUGUGUUCCAUUGCUGUUUAACCUAGGUUUGUCUCCCUGUUGUGUUUUUCUUUUUGUUUUUUCUAGAUCUCUUCCUGUUUGCCCUAGCAUGUUGAUGUGGCGUCACAGUUCAUCGUCCAGUCCUUGUCUUCUGCGCUUCUCUGAUGCUUCCAAUUUCACCUUUGACCUUGUGUUUGACAUUGAUUACCCAGAGGUUUUGUUUUGUUGUUUCCCAUAUGUCCUAUGUGCUGCCAACAGGGGCACUAGAAAGACUGCCACUGAACAUCUUUGAAAGUUACAUUUGAAUUAUUACAAGAAAAAAAGAGAAUCUAUUUUUCUAGAACUGACUGACAUAACCACUAGAUUUUUGCAAAAUCAGUUUGACAUGAGUCUGACCUUUAACUUUGUUUUUAUCUCCUGUAUUGUGGAGCAGUCCUCCCAGUGCCCCCAUCCUCUGGUUUUGUUGUGUUUUUUGUGACAGUAGCUAAUCUGUCUCUAGGUGACAUUGUGUGUGAGUGCUGGUGUGUGUCUCUUAAGUUUGAAAAACUUUUCAAGCAAGUUAGUGAUCAAGUGUUAUUGGACAUUUGUAAUUUAAUGCUAGAGUAGCUAAGAGUUCAUCCUUGGGAGUUCCCAUUUGAGUGAUGUAAUGAGGAGGUAACAUUUAUCGUUAGUGUAAAAAUCAGUUUUUACUUUAAGUCUGUCAGCUCACCACCGCAAGCACAUGAUGCUGUUCUGCUCUUUUUUGUGUGGAGAAUCAGACACAAAGACUUUUGUCACAGUAUAUUUAGUAUGCAUGUUUUUUUUUAUAUCUGCACUGAAAUUCUUGGCAAAAUGUGACCUAGUUUGUGUUGAGUUAAAAAUAAUGAAUAAACUGGUGCCAAAUGUUUUGCACUAUCAGUAUUUUCCCCUUUUAUUGGACUUGCUUUACUAGUAGGUAAGACUAGUUGUAGAAGCAGGGUGGUGGGGCAGGUGGCAUCAUGUACUUAAGAACUUGAAGUCAAGUCGACUGGUUGCAACAUUAAAUUAGUUUUGUGUAGAUCUUUACAGACCUAGAGUGCUCACAGAACAAUAUCAAACACAAGUGGGCUACUCAUAAGCAGUGGUGUGUGUACUGUUUGUGUGUAUUUAUUGAAUAGAAUCCAGAGACCCUACAGACCCAUACUCAUUUAGGCUGCAGUCAGUUUCCCUGACCAGUGGACCAACGUUGUGACUUGUGCCGAGUGUAAUUUACCACCCACCCAUGAUCUCAUCCUGCUUGAAUACUUGGUAAAACUUUAUUUUACGGGUUCCAUAGUUUCCCAGUUUCAGAAACUGAAAUGUUACUGUAAAUUCAUUGGAGGGUUCUUGGAAAGAACUGUCUAACUUGGUACAAAUUAAGGGGAAAAUGAAGACAAGUUUAAUCAGUACACUUUGAUUCAAUUCAUUCUCAUUGUAUUUUAGUCAGAGCAUAGCAGGUCAACUAAAAUGUGAAAUUUAUCUACAGGCAACAAUACAAUUCAACAUAUAUGGAGAAUAAAAUUCCCAAUAAUAAAUCAUGACCUUGGAAUUAUUAAGGUCCUGUCUGACUUUUGUCAAAAAUGUGUUAUUGAAACUCUUCUUUGACAAAUUAUUAACAAUUUGUUGUGUAGGAUUGUUUUGACUUUGGUGGUUUUUAUGGCCCUAAAAUUAAUCUCUUACUUGGUUCUAUAUGGUUCUACCUGCAAUGCACCAAUGAAUGCCCCAAAUGUACACAGGAGGACCAAUCAGGUUCUGCCUCUUUACCAUGUCCCACACUGCUCUGUGACUGUGGAAAGAUCAUAAAAUAUUGCUCAAUCUUAAAGGGCCAGUUCACCCCAAAAUCAAAAAUACAUACUUUUCUCUUACCAGUAGUGCUGUCUUUACCAUGUAGAUUAUUUUGGUGUGAGUUGUCGAGUUUUGGAGAUAUCGGCCAUAGAGAUGUCUGCCUUUUUUGAAUAAAAUAGAACUAUAUUGCACUCGGCUUGUGGUGCUCAAAGUGCCAAAAAAAAUACAUUUGAAAAACUCAACAGCAAUGUCUCUUUCCAGAAAUCAGGACCCGGUUACUCAAGAUAAUCCACAGAUUUGUUGUUAGCUGUUUCAUGUAGGAACUAUCGGUAAAAAGAAAUAGUUCCUACAUGAAACUGCUCACAACAAGGUCUGUCAUUAGUUAGCUAAUUGCUGAACAUUUCUGAUCUGAUGCUAACUCUACCAUACUCCUUACUGGGUUUGCUUCUGUUUAGAACUUGUGUAUUGUGUACACACAAUGAGUAUAGUGCAUCAGACUGACAUUGAUGACCCUACAGCUUGUCUAGGCAAAAAUAUGAAAGCUAAUUUGGGAGCAGAAAAGAGACCAGAAAAGAACAGAAAAGAAGAGCGUCAAAGGGAGACUAGCAUACAGAAAAUAUGUUGAACAAGGAGAGAAAACAUCAAAUUAGUACCGAAACAUUUUUGCAUAUUUUUUGUUUUAAAUUGCAUUGUUAGUAAAACUUAAAUUGUUUUAUCAGUCAAUAAAAAUCUUUGAUGUGACCAGAUGUUUUUGUCUAAAUUUCAAAUGUGUAGCUAAAUUGUGUGUCUGUGUUGUUUUCAAAUAUCUGAUAUUAUUACUCCCUUCAGUAAUUAAUACUUUGAUUUUGACUAAACUGUCAACUUUUUUCAACAAAAUGGUUGCUUUCUGUAAAGCCACAGCAGAUAGAACCUUAUAAUUCCAAACAGAAAAUUAGUUCUUAGAAUUACAAGGUCUGAAAUCCAUGUGAUCUUAAAAAAAAAAAUUAAACAUUAAAAAUGUGAUCAAUAGAUACAUUGAUACACUGAGGAUGCCUAUUAUUUUGACCAAUAAAAGACAACUUUACUGUAUGGCAGUUUUGAUAUCUUGGAUGUGAAAACUUUGAACGUCAACAUCUCAGAUUGCAGAUGGAACCUUAUAAUUCCAAGGUCAUGAAAUUAAUAAUGAACAAAUAUUUCCUAACUAAACUUGAACUCAAAGAACAGUCUAAAAACAAGGUCUCUCCAGGAACGUUCUUAGGAAAUGUUUGUUUUUUGACACAUUUUAUUUGAUACCAAAAAAGAGAAAAAGUUUGAUACCCAGCCCUAGUCUUGGUCAUAAAUCAUGUAUAUAUUUUAUUACUACAGAUUUUCUAAAGUGUACCAUCAGUCCAUUUUCAUACACUAUUUUAGUAAUGCAGUUACAUUGCACAUAUUGCAUUACAACACAGUGGUAACACCACAUUAAUGACAAUAGAAGCAGCCAGGGUUUUCAUUGGUUGAUUGCAUAACUGAAGCAUGUCUCAACAAGUUGACUUUACCUGCUGCUUUACAGGUGGGAAAACUACAGAGGUAAAUAUUACAAAUGAUAUGGGGAAAAAUAUUUGCAUGCCAUGGUGAACUUUUGUGUUUUCCCAAGACAUAUUUUGCUAGUAUUCUUCCAGCAGCAAGACUUCCUGCCAUCAAAAAAAAUAAACAUAUCCACAAAUGUUAACUGAAUAAAAAACAAUAUUGACAAAAAAGGUUGCGCUUCAACAAUGGGAUUCUCAGUGGAGUGCUAGACCCAAAAUCCAAUGAGUAUAUUCCAAAAAAUCAAAAAAGGUAGCCCAUCUCAAAAAUCAAGUCAAGGAGGACAAAAUACUCACAAUCCACUUCUUUAUUUGGCUCACAUCACAACAGAAAAAUGCUUACGCGUUUCGGCACAGAGCCUUCAUCAGAGCGCUUGAUGAACGCUGUUUGAUGAACACUGAUGAGAUGUGCUACGUUUUUUGUUUUUGUGAAUAAAAACAACUCAGAACAAGAACUGCACAUAUUAUGUAUUAAAUAUUAUUCUAGACCUGUACUUUAUACUCACAAAAUCAUGUAAGCUGUAGCUGUGUAUGGAAAAAAAAAACUACAGACCCUCAACUGUAUAUUGCCCUGUACUCUACAUUACUGACAUUUUGAAACUGUCCACUGUAAAACUCCUCUUUUUAAUAAUGCACAAAUCAUCUGUCCAAAUACUCCCUCUGACCAGACAUUUCACUUGUACUUCAUACUGUAUACCCUCCAUAUCAGUCAGCCAUACACUGUAAGGGAAACAUUUAGCCAAAAAUGAACUUUGUAAACCUGUGAUUGAUAGUAUUACUGUUUAUUUUCUGUUACAGCUGAGGGUCUAAAAAUAGUCAUUAUUAUUUGUUACUGCAUGCAAAUAUUUGGAUGCAAAAUAGAGUCCAACUGAUACUUUGGCCAGACUGAUAUUAUCAGCCGAUUUUAGUUAGUCACAGAUGUAUCAGUAUCGGUGUAUAUAUCAGUAUUUUAUUUAAUAUAUUUCAGUAGAGAGAUGUCAAAGAUAUAUUUGAGGUAAUUUAGAGACAGUGCCUCCAUUACAUAGUUUGUCCACCAGAGAGCACUGACAAGUUUAUUUUUACUCUGUAAAAUGUCCCACUCGGUACAUGUUUUGGUCACAAUUCUUUAAUAACAAAACGAAAGGGAUCCUUAUCAAAAAUGUCUGUUGAUGUUAUGUGAUCAUGUAAUAAAUUUAUAUUUGCGCAUAUUUUGUAUCCAAUUUGAACUGCAUUACACAGAUGAGUUUUUAUACACAGCUACAAAUUAAAUAACAGUGGGAAUAAAGUUUAUGUUAGGAGGAGUUUACACAUGAUUUGUGAAUUAACAAUUAAAGAGGAAUUGUACAAUGUCUUAAUUAGAUAAUGCUCCAACCGGCUAUAUAGUCAGCCCAUGAUAUGUAGCCUCCACAGAAUUAUACAUAUUGCAGUAUUUUCUUAUUUUCUGACAGCAGUUGAUGAUCUGUGCUUUCAUUUAGUGGGUAUGAAGUUUAAAUACCACAUUACAGUUGAUUACAUUUUUUAACAUCUGAAAAUUCUCUGCACAAGAAAUAUGCCCGAGGUCUUCUUGUUGUAGGCGGAAUGCAUCCUAAUAGUUAUAGUAGUAGCCUAUGAACCACUCCAUUGCUGUUUCCCAGAUGGCCUGAAAGUACAUUGAUCUUUGUGUUAACUCUUGAGAGAAUUCAGAAGUAGAUGUUUAUGUUUAAAAAUCUAAACAUCUUUAAACAGCAUUGGAAAAUGAUUAGCACUAAUAAAGUGGACCUGAUUUGUAAUAAAUGAGUUAUAACAGGCAAAGAUACAUUUGCUAAUAUGAGGUAAAUUUUCACAAAUCAUAUUAAUCUGAAGGCAUGUCAGCAAGGUUAUAUGAAUGAUGUGUUUUUGUGAUUAGAUGAUAAACUGGACUAAAGUCUGUGUUCUCUGCUGUGGUGCUUGCACUGCAGCAAGAAAGAGCAAUCAAAUGCUCUACAUCUGGUUAAUUUCAGUGGGUUUUCGUCACGUAAAAGGACUAGAUACAGAAUUUCUUCCUGGUGCAAUCAGGGUGAGUGUUCAUUUUUGGGUUAACAUAGUUUUGAUUUUUCGACAACCAUCCUCUUGUACACUGAGACUGAAACUGUUUAAAGGUAAAAACUCUGACCAAACUCCCUGCUCAUAUGGGCGGAACAUGAACUGAUGAAGCCUUCUGAAGUAUUUCUGUGAAGUUGCCUUUUGCUCCACUGCAUUGAGGUGAAUGCAACUUCAUGCAAAGUUUUACAUUGUUGUGAUUUUAAUGUGAGACCGCUGAAUUGCUAGAAUGAAUCGCCUGUUAGUUUUUCUUUUGUUUGGGGUGGGAUCUGUGUCUCCAGUGCUUGGAUUGUUUUUAAGCUUCGGAUCUUUGCUUUCUGCAGCACAUUAAGCUGCAGUGCAGCCCAGCUGUCAUUUCUGUGAGCCAACUAUGUGAUCCCUAUUGCUUGGUUAGCUGUUUGGUUUCUGUGCAAAUAAAAUGUUUAAGAAACCUUCA